CUUGUGAAUGGACACCGGCUGCUUUCCCAUUAGCCCGUCUCAUCUCAGUAAUCUACCGUCGCCAUUGGCCCCUGCCGGGACAGCCUCCCCGAAACCGGCCAAUGGCGGCCGCUCCAUAUGCAGCAAGCCACUCCCCCCCCCUCCUCUUAAAGAGCCCCCUCGUCUUCAAUGGAGACUCACUCCCCUCACUGACUUACUCAGCCAGAGUGCGCUCUCGCCGCCGCCGCCGCUCUCCAUCCAUCCGCCUCUUAUCUUUUAUUCUCUCUUUCUCUACCCGUCCGUCCGAUCAUCUUCGCUCUUCUUCCUCCCCUCACCUACACUUGCUUCCAGUUUCCUCCCCUCAGCCCCCCCUACCUCGUGCCCCUCUCUCCUCUCUCCUCUCCCCCGUCUCGGUCCGCUCUUCUUCUUCUUCUCCUCCUUCUCCUCACCGUCCGCACUCCUGAGCCUGAGCGCGCAGCACCUGUGCAGACUGGAGUUUGUUGGGGCCGAGGCAGAAGGUUUUUUUUUUUUUUUUUUUUUUUUUAAAUUUGGUGUGUGCGGGUUGAACAGGGCAGCAGGGAGGGAGGGAGGGGGAACAACACCCAGGAAACACCUGACCAACAUUUCAUGAAGAUAUGUGGAGACUUAGGAACUGAUCUCCUCCUCCAGCUUUUGCCCAGCUGUUUGUUUAUCUCUUUUUAUACUGCAACACCUGGAAUGCUUAACGUGGACUGAUGGAUGUUUCCGAACUGUGCAUCCCCGACCCUCUUUGCUACCACAACCAGUAGGUUGCUAACCAGAAUGCCCUCUGACGACCGACACUUGUCCUCGAGCUGCGGUUCUUACGUCAAAACUGAGCCCUCCAGUCCCUCCUCCUCGCUCGUAGACACCGGCAGCCACCACAGCCCCAGCGGCAACUCAGACGCCAGCGGCGGCUACAUCAACGGCGGCAGCGUGCGCUCGCACGCCUUGGACUCCCCGCCAAUGUUCAACCCCGGCAUGCUCGGCGGCGGCAGCGCCUGCCUACGCCGCUACGAGGAGUGCUCCGGCGGCAUGGCCGACGACUCGCCCAUCAAGUGCGAGUACAUGCUCAAUGCCAUCCCCAAGAGGCUCUGCUUGGUGUGCGGUGACAUUGCCUCAGGGUACCACUAUGGCGUGGCCUCCUGCGAGGCCUGCAAAGCCUUUUUCAAAAGGACAAUACAAGGGAAUAUUGAGUACAGCUGUCCGGCCACCAACGAAUGUGAGAUCACCAAAAGGAGGCGGAAGUCUUGCCAGGCCUGCCGUUUCAUGAAAUGCCUCAAAGUCGGCAUGUUGAAAGAGGGCGUGCGUCUGGACCGGGUGAGAGGGGGCCGACAGAAGUACAAGCGGAGGCUGGACGCAGAAAACGGGACGUACCUCGGCCUCACCAUCCCCCCUCCGGCCAAAAAGCCAUUGACAAAGAUCGUUUCCCAUCUGUUGGUGGUGGAGCCAGAGAAGAUCUAUGCCAUGCCCGACCCCACCAUGCCCGACGGAGACAUCAAGGCCCUGACCACGCUGUGCGACUUGGCCGACCGCGAGCUGGUGGUCAUCAUCGGCUGGGCCAAACAUAUCCCAGGUUUUUCCACGCUGUCGCUGGCAGACCAGAUGAGUCUACUGCAGAGCGCCUGGAUGGAGAUCCUGGUGCUGAGCAUCGUGUUUCGCUCGCUGCCCUGCGAGGAUGAGAUCGUGUACGCGGAGGACUACGUGGUGGACGAGGAGCAGGCGAGGAUCUCGAGCCUGCUGGACCUCCAUGUCGCCAUCCUGCCGCUGGUCCGGCGCUACAAGAAGCUGCGCAUGGAGAAGGAGGAAUUUGUCACGCUCAAAGCCAUUGCUCUGGCUAACUCAGACUCCAUGCACAUAGAGAAUAUCGAGGCCGUGCAAAGGCUCCAGGACUCUCUACACGAGGCCCUGCAGGAUUUCGAGGGCUCCCAGCACCCGGAGGACCCCCGGCGGGCCGGCAAGCUGCUAAUGACCCUGCCUCUGCUGCGUCAGACCGCCACCAAGGCCGUGCAGCACUUCUACAGCAUCAAAAUGCAGGGCAAAGUCCCCAUGCACAAACUAUUCCUCGAGAUGCUGGAGGCCAAGGCUUGACACCCGGGCGGGAGACGUUUGACAGACAGCGUUUGCGUCGCCCGGUCCGAGGCGAAGGACAGCCCGGUGGGAAAAAAAAAAAAAAAAAAGGAAGCAGGUGUGCCAACCGACAGUGAAAGCAUGACGUUUGGACUACUGAGUCAUUUUAACACUUUUAAACAGUAAUAAACAUAAAAAAGAUAAAGAGGGGGAAACUUGAAAUAGUUUUAACAAAGGGUGACAAAUAGACUGAUUGAUGUGGGAUCACAAUGAUGUAUAUAAAGUUGUUGUGUACAGAGAAUCAGGCGACCAAGGUCUUGUUAUAACCGGAGACCCGUUGCUCUAUAUCACCUGAAGCUUCUGUGAAUUUGUUUCUUAUCGUAUUUUCAUCUCAACAUGGAAGUGUGAUCAUAUAAAUGUCCUAAAUAACUGUACAGCUACAUAGCCACAUGAUGUGUUUUUGUUUAGUUUCUUGUUUUUUUUUUUCUCUCAUAUUUUCUAAUCUCAGUUGUUAAAGCAAUAUUCUCUAACUGGUCUACAUAUAAUAUGUGUACUGUAUAUUGUGUGAAAUUGCACUGGGAUGCGGGGGGUGGGUUGAGAAUUGUUAGACAUAUUCUUAUAUCCGUCAUCAAAGACAGUGGAGACUCUCCAUUUCCUCGUAUUAUAUUUACCUCGUAGUAGCGUCAUCGACUCAGCGGCUCGGUCAGCUUGGUGCUCGCUGAAGGAACCGCGGUCGGCCGGUGGUCAAGGUUCACCAAGAGUUUGCACUAAGCAUCGAUGAACAACGUGGCAAUAAUGGGUAUUGUACUAGCUAGCUCCGUCUGGUAGCGUCUCAGUCAGUGUUUUAUAGAGACUCCACCUCAUCGUCACCACACACACACACACACACACACACACACAUUGGCAACUAAACAUACUGUGAAACAUGCACAUGAUAAUGAUAAGCUAUAUUUAAGAAUUAAUAAGUGAAACUGUAUGGCUGUAUGUCAAAAAGGAUUUUUUUUUUGUUUUUUUGUUAAAGGACACAAUAACAGCGACGUCUAUGUAAUGCAAUCUAAUACGCCCUUCAACGCAGCUUGUAAUAAAAACUACCUUUGUGGCGAUUGCAACAUUCGGUCUGUGUCACAUUCAGUCCCGUGCUCAUUUUUGAGGCCUUUAAUAUGUGAUGGUGCUGUAAUUAGAUUGCAUUAUAUUGUACAGUUUUUUUUAUUAUUAUUAUUUAUUUAUUUAGCUUGUAUUCUCAAACAAGUGUCACUAUAUUGAUGGCAUUAGUUCAUGUUAGUUCGUAGUGUAUUUCUGGUCUCACACACACGCACGCGCGCACACGCACGCACACACACACACACACACACACACACACACACACACACACACACACACACACACACACACUGUAUAUUUGAUACCAAAGCUUAUACAUUAGCCUCACACACCUACACAGUUUAUUUCAUAAAAUGUGGACUACAGGGUAAAAUAUUGAAGAUCAGAGGCAGGAAACCGAAAUAUAGAUUUAAUAAUAAUAAAAAAUAAUAACGCUACAUUUCAUUAUAUCAUCAGUGUUUUUAUUUUUAAUGUAACAUUGUGACACUGUUGUGACACUGUCAGUAUGAUGACACUUGUGUAAAUGAGAAUAACUUUAUUAUUUUUUUUAUAACGGACAUUUUUAUUCAUCUUUUUUAAUGCCAUCAAGGAUUGACUCAAGAUCGUGACUUCUUUUUUUGCUUUUUUUUUUAUUAAUACGAGGCAACAAAUAAAGAUUGACUAAAGAUGCAAAAAGCACCAAAGUCUAGUAAAGAAGGCAGUCGAGGUGGUUGAACACGUCACAGGAUUUGUGUCCCACAGUUUUUACUUUCUUUUCAGUUUUCAGUUUUGUUUGAGUUUAGGGGCCGAAAUGACUGGGAAAACAUUUCAAGAGAUCAGUGCUCAAGAUUUAACACGUCAUUUGCACUUCAGUGAUCACUCAUUUACAAAUUAUCCCACAAUCUCAAGGGAAAAAAAUGAGAAAUCUGCCUUUUGUUUUCUCAAGAUUAUACACAUUUACAUGAGAAAAUUAAAUUUAUAAACUCACAACCUGUAAAAUGUAUAUAUUUUCAAACUUGGCCGUUCUCAGCCUCCGUACCGUCCAUCUUUAACAAAGGUGCUAAUCACCCAGACAGGCACUGUGUACGAACGCCGACUCUCCCUCUGAGGAGCACAAACUCCAUCAGUAAACCUGUGUAUUCACAAGCGAUAGUAGACUUUUAGAGCGUAAUAUCUAUCAGCGGUAAACAAGUUGCCAAAUUUAUUCAAGGAAAGCAAUCAGAGUAGCGCUAACAACAUAUGUCUUCUCGUCCUGACAACCUGCGCGGGUUGGACGGAACGCGUUAUCACGAGAUCAGAAUAAUAUAACAGUGAAGUAAUCAGCUGCUCUUAGGAUCGUAGUGCGGCAGGUGUUGUCCCUCGUGAACACUUUAAAGCAUUUGUGUCUUUAGGGUGUCAAGUGCCAUUAGCUUAUGCCCAAACAAGGAAGAAAAAACAUAAAUCAGAGCGACGAUCCCCCCGCAGGAACGCUAUUGAUUCACCGUAAUGUAAUGCAAAGAUAAUUAUAACCCGAUACAGUAGAGGAUAUGAUUCCCAUAAUGCACUUCCCCAGUUGCUAACCAGCUAAUUCAUUCCCAGAUGUAUCACCUGUGUACCGUAGCAAACCAAAGCCUCUUCAAAAUACGCUGAUACGACUGCAACGGGAGCCAACCGAUGAGCUUAAAUUUAGAUUUUACCCCGUAUUAUUCAUGGUUCUCAUCUCAUCUUUGUCAAUAUGAGACACUGUGUGAAGUCUAAGACAUAUAAAAAAAACUUUUCUUAAAGGAGCGCGAUUCAGUAAACCAUCAGUUCAUGUUGUGCAGGUUGUCGUGAAGUGUUAAUGACCAAAACAGGAAAAAAACUAAACAAAAAAAACAACUGACCCUCCUCUGAUCAAAGUUCACUCACAAACCUCCUCCGUGCACUUUUGAAGGCGGAUAAUUGUUUCCCGACUUUCCCUUCUCCCGAAUUAACGUAAGAAAAUAAAAGGGGAAAAAAUGCUUAAUUUAUUUUCAGACUUCUAAAACGGUUCGACUACAUCCAAUUAAUUCUAAUUGUCUCCUAAGCCGAAAUCCUCAAUAGAAAUGGAGCAAUUAAAUUUCUGCUUUGGCUCUACCUUGGGGACGGGAGACGUUUUAUUUCGGUUGACGGCGGGGAGGGUUCGUCUAAACCUUUACAAAGGCGAUUUCAUGGGCGUCUGUAAUAGUUUCAUAACAGAGCGAUCACUGGGCUAUGCAAGGCAAAUAUGGCCACCUAUGUUCCUUGUGUUGUGGAGCAUCGGAGUGGCAUUUAGUUGUGCUUUGUUUACAACAUACUGUACAAAUGUAUUGUGCAUACUUCACUGUACUAUACUGUAACUGCUGUUGCAUUGCUGUAACUAUGAUCUUUUGUUUAAUUUAAUGCAUUUCUCAUGUUGGAUUAGAGACUGGAAUUUAGAGCCCACUGAAGACUUUAUAUGAUGCAUUGAGUCGAAGCGCGAUUACUCAUGUGAGAGUCGCGUCCGGUCCAAGGUGGGACGGUUUCUUUUUUUUUUUUUUUUUCUGCGUCUCCGUGCUGAAACACUCCCUGUGUCAUCAUCGAUUCUGGUUAUCGGUGCAGCGGGACGUAUGGCGAGCGACGUCGUCUAGACCCUAUACCUCAAUUCAUAUUUUGAAAAUGACAGUGGGUUUGGAAGCGGGCCACGAGCUCCUCCUGGGAAUCGGUGGCACAGAAAUAAAGUGACAUCACUGGCUGGGUAUUAAAAAGAAAAAAAAAAAAAAAAAAAUGUAGAUGAACUUACUGCAAUUGGGGAACACAUUCCUCGGAGGAGAAAGCUGCUUAUUCGCUGUUCCAUUUGCGGACUUACCUUAUCUCCAUGCACUCUGAGAUGACGAGAUUUGCAUAAAACAUGGAGGAACUUCCCCGGCCGUUCCGGUCCGCAGUGUAUAAAGGACCCUGCUAGGUGUAUGUACCAUAGACAUGUGAUUACCCAAGAGGUUUACCCCCCUCCUCAAAAGCAAUAUGUUAGCAUUUGUGAUAUAUGAAUCAAGUUAAAAGGGAGCUGGUUCGUUUUAAUUAUGAACUUACCCAUUGCGCUUGGAAAAGGACAGGCUAACUAUGCACAUGCGUCCUGGGAAGACGGAAGAAGAAAUGUGAAGAAAAAAAACAAAAAAACAUUGGAACUGAGAAGCAAAGAGUCAACCACAGGUUACUGGACAGCAUUGUGUGGCAUUUUCUUGUGUUUUGUUUGUUGUGUUUCACGCCUACUGUAUCCAUGUGUAAAUAUAUGCUUCUUCUUCUUUUUUCUUUUGAGUGGGUCAGAUCUAACAGUGCACUGAAUGUACAGUGACAAUAAAAUCACAUGGUUUAUGUAA